AUGGCAGAUCAUUCAAAUAGUUCUAUCGAAAAUUCUUUCGAUAAUUCUGAUAGUGCCUCUAUGGCAGCAGCUACUUCUAGGAUGAAUUUCUCUGACGAUUCAUCAAGUUGUUAUUAUCGACACCCUUCUGAUAAUCCUGGUCCACUUCUCGUAUUUGAAAUUUUCACUAGUGAGAAUUACAUUGCAUGGAGCCGAUCGAUGUCAAUUGCUCUUAUAGUGAAGAAUAAAAUUGCCUUUGUUGAUGGAUCUUUGAUGCAAGCUACUGAUGGUGAUGCUCGUCUCUCUGUUGCAUGGUUAAGAGCCAACAAUCUUGUUCUAUCCUGGUUGAUGAAUUCUAUUGCCAAGGAAAUCCGUGGAAGCCUUCUAUAUUUCACAAAUGCCUUUGAUAUCUGGGAAGAACUCAAAACUAGAUAUCUUAGGAGUGAUGGUCCAAGAGUGUUUAUUUUGGAAAAGUCUCUCAGCUCCUUUUCUCAAGGUUCGAAAUAUGUCACUGAAUACUUCAAUGAAUUCAAGACUCUAUGGGACAAAUAUAUCAGUUAUCGUCCAAUUCCUAAUUGCAAAUGUGGAAAUCUUGACAAAUGCUCGUGCAAUAUCCUAAAGAAUCUCACUGAUUGA